GCCGGUCCCGGCCCGGCCCAGCCCCGCGGCAGCGCAGAGCGGGGCAGGGGCAGCGGCAGCGGAGCCGCCUCCUGCGAGCGACCCCCGGACCCCGGGACCCGAACCCGGCAGCGCCGAGCGCCGGAGAGCGGCCACCACCAGGGGCCAUGACCGGACACCCCCAUUAACGCCGCCCCCCGAACCCCACCGCACAUCGGGGGUGCUCCGGCCCCACCGCCGCCUCCUGCAGCCAUGGGUGACUCCUUCACCGCCGCCUUCCCCAGCGCUCCGGGGCUGCUCUCGCCCUCCGCCAGCCCCCAAGCAUCGCCCGGGCCCUACGGCCCCGACUACGGCCCCUUCGGCCACCCCUUCCCGGCGCCGUCGGGGGCGCAGGAGGUGCUGGGGGCCCCCGUGGUGGUGGCGACCAAGGGGCACCCGUCGGGCGAGUGCCUCCCCCCCGUGUACCCCUCGCUGGAGAUGCCGCAUCCCUAUGGCUCCUGGUACAAGGGCGGCAUCGGGGGGGGCCUGCCGGGGGGCUCGGCCCCCGCCGCCCCCUCCUGGUGGGACGUGCACCCCAACGGGGGCUGGUUGGGGGCCCCGACGGGCGCCGAGGGGCUGCAGGGCUCUCUGCAGGCGCAGCCCACGCUGAGCCCCCCGCUGCCCGCUUACGGCUCCGACUUCGGGGCUCUGAACCCCCCCCCUUACAGCGGUGCCCCCACGGCCGCCCCCGUCCCCCCCCAGGUCCCGACCCCAAAACCGGGCUCGGGGGAGCCCCCGAAGGGUCCCCGCGGGGCCGGGUCCUUACCGGGGCGCCCCGCCUGCGAUUGCCCCAAUUGCCAGGAGCUGGAGCGCUUGGGGGGGGGUCCGGCCCCGGGGGGGGGGCCCCGUCGGAAGCCGGUUCACAGCUGCCACAUCCCCGGCUGCGGCAAGGUCUAUGGCAAAGCCUCGCACCUCAAGGCUCACCUGCGCUGGCACACGGGCGAGCGCCCGUUCGUCUGCAAUUGGCUCUUCUGCGGCAAGCGCUUCACCCGCUCGGAUGAGCUGGAGCGACACGUCCGGACCCACACCCGAGAGAAGAAGUUCACCUGCCCCCUAUGUGCCAAGCGCUUCACCCGCUCCGACCACCUCAGCAAGCACCAGCGGACCCACGCCGAGCCCGCAGCCCCCAAAGCCGGCCCCGAGCGGCCAACGUCCCCCCCGAGCCGAGCCCCGGGCUCCCCCGUUAAGGAGAACGGGAGCCCCGAGCCUGGGAGCCUGCUGGAGAUCUGAGGAUGCACUCGCUCCCCAUCAUCAUCAUCCCCGUCGGGGGGGGUUAUUAUGGGGCGCUGCCCCCCUCUGAUACCGCCCCCUCCCCAUCAUCAUCAUCAUCCCCGUCGGGGGGGGGUUAUUAUGGGGCGCUGCCCCCCUCUGACACCCCCCCCAUCAUCAUCAUCAUCCCCGUCGGGGGUGGUUAUUAUGGGGUGCUGCCCCCCUUCUGAUACCCCCCACCCCCCCCGCAUCUCUUCAUUAGCGACUAUAAUUUAUGUGUUAAA